UACUUACGCCUCUCUUCGUCGGUACGACACUGUUCUUCCCUCGGGAACCCUAUAAACCGUGUCGAAUUCGUUUCACGUCUUCAUCAGAGAUCAGAUUCAAAUUCCAUAUACAAGCACAUGAAUAUAUAUAUAUAUAUAUAUGCUUCGACAAAUCGUAAAUGCAAAUUGGCGAUACGGUGUUUGGUUGGUUGAUCUUGAAGCAUUUGAUCAGUUUCUAAUGUAAUUAGAGUCAGAUAGAACCGUUUUGAUUGAAAGUAAUCGAAAGUGAAUAGAAAAAAAUCAGAUGGCUUUAAUGGAGGAUUCGAUUAUACACCAUGUCUGCAUUGUGCUGCUUUUUCUUUGGCUACUUUCUUCCUUUAAUCGUUGUCACCCGAUCGCCUACUUUAUCUCUCUAACCUACCUUUUUCUGGUUCAUAAGCGGUAUGUUAAGCGAUUGCGGAGAAAACUACGAUUCGAAGAGAAAAGAAAUUCUAAUCAAAGACGAGUGCUCUCUGAUUCUGAAACUGUGCGAUGGUUGAACCACACAGUUGAAAAGAUUUGGCCUGUUUGUAUGGAACAGAUUGUUUCACAAAAAAUCCUCCUCCCUGUCAUGCCUUGGUUCUUGCAGAAGUACAAACCAUGGACUGUGAAGGAAGUUGUGGUUCAACAUCUGUAUAUGGGAAGAUCACCACCUAUGAUCACGAAAAUGAGGGUUCUACAACAAUCCACUAGUGAUGACCACUUGGUUUUGGAGUUGGGGAUGAAUUUUCGAACUGCAGAUGAUAUGAGUGCAAUACUUGCUGUGAAACUAAGGAAGAGAUUGGGUUUCGGAAUGUGGGUGAAGUUGCACCUGUUGGGCAUGCAUGUUGAAGGGAAGGUCCUGGUUGGGGUAAAGUUCCUUCGCCACUGGCCUUUCCUUGGCCGUUUGAGGGUAUGCUUUGUUGAGCCACCAUAUUUUCAGAUGACUGUGAAACCUUUAUUCACUCAUGGGCUUGAUGUUACAGAACUUCCAGGGAUUGCUGGAUGGCUGGAUGAGUUGUUAGCCGUUGUAUUUGAGCAGACACUAGUUGAGCCCAAUAUGCUGGUUGUUGACCUGGAGAAAUUCGUUCCGCCACAGCCAGAAAACCCGUCCUCUGUGUAUGAGGAGGAGCCAGUUGUUGCUUAUGCCUUGGUGGAAGUUAUUGAAGCAGCUGACCUCAAGCCUUCAGAUUUAAAUGGAUUGGCUGAUCCAUAUGUAAAACUUGGUCCUUAUGGAUUGAGGACUGAUACGCAGAGGAAAACACUGGCUCCAAAGUGGCGGGAGGAAUUUAAGGUCCCCAUUUAUACAUGGGAGUCACCUAAUGUGCUAACUAUUGAAGUUCAUGACAAAGACCAUAUUCACGAUGAUAACCUCGGAUGUUGUUCUAUAACCAUUGGCGAACAUAAGGAUGGUCAGAGACAUGACAUGUGGUUACCUCUUCAGAACGUUAAAAUGGGGCGAUUACAUCUUGCCAUUACUGUAGUUGAGGGCAACAAAAAGGGGCAAGAUCAGUCAUGUGAUGGUGAAAUAUUGAAGGACGAUAAUGAAAGAAAUUCCAUUCCAAAUGAGACUGCUCAGGCUGGUUGUCUUUCAUCUGGAUUGUCAGAGAAGUCUUCAAAAGUGUCAGAUAAAUUUGAACCUAUUGAUAUUGAAGGACAAAAAGAGACUGGGAUAUGGGUCUAUCACCCAGGAAGUGAAGUUUCACAAAUAUGGGAGCCUAGAAAAGGGCGGACUAGGCUCCUCGAUGGACAAAUUCGCGGGGAGGGUAGCGAUCAUAUUGAAAGUUUCAAAUCAUCAGUUUCUGGGCCCAAUAAUAACAACAGUAGCAGCACUGAUGACAGCCAGGAAGAUAAUAAAGGGCAUACACGGAACAGAGUGAUGAGGGGUCUACACAAGAUCGGUUCAAUAUUCCGCAGUAAUUCCAGAAAGGAGGAGGAUAUAUCGAGCAAGAUUGAAGAGCCUGACCGAUCUCCAAAUGUUAACCUUAAGGAAGUCAAUACAAAGAAGAUUGGCGUGGAGUUAAUUGUGGAGGACAUCUCUGCUCCAUCACCCGUAGUACCUCCUAUUGAGGUUCCAAAAGCAGAAGUUACAGAAAUUCCCGAGGGAGUUGGCCAGGAAAGCCCCAGCAGGACACCUGCCAAAGAUAUGGCGAAGAGCAUUUUAAAGCAAGCUGGAAAAUCUGCUCGUGGUUUCAGGCAAUCAUUUUCUCGUAAAGGGUCAAAAAAAAUGCGAGGUGAUUCAAGAUCAGUGGUGGCUGAGAAAGAUAUUCCUGAGGGAUCAGAGCUUUCUGAUGAGGAAUCUCUUCCAUCACCAGUUUGUAACUCUGUAACUCAGGAGAUUCCGAUUGUUUCCGAACCCACACUUGAUGAUUCUUAUAAAUCCGAAGAAGUUAAUGGUCAAACAACUGUAAAUGGCUCUUCAAUGAACGUUGAGGACCUGAUAAACAAAGCCAGCCUUGACGAUCUCCAGAUGAUGGGUGGUAAACCUUCAACCAAAUCCGAACAAAAUGAUGAUGGAUUGGUCAAGGAGUCAUCAGACCCCAAGAAUUCUGAGGAAAAUUAGGAAGUAGAUAAAAGAGAAUUUUUUUCACGCAGAAAAUCAAAAUUUAGAUGGUUCAAGUUUGCAGAAUCAAGUUAGAUUGAAGGUCAGGUAUGUUGCUCAAUCUAGAUCCAUGUUGAUUGUAUUGUUUGUUUUUAGGCAGGAAUUCUAAUACUAGAUUUGGUGAUCAUGUUACAUCCAAAGGUGUGUAUGUGAUGAUUUGUGUGUAUAUAUAGUCAUGUUGGCGAAAAUGUAAUUCCAAAUAAGCUCAGAACAGUGUUAAUUUUUUUUGUAAAUCUUGUUUGCAAAAUAUAAUGAUAAGUAUGAAACGCCAACAUAGGUGUUAGCUCUAUAUAAUAGAACAUAUGUGAGCAUCUUGUGCA